CCAACCCCAUGUCCCAUUGAAAAGAAUGAAUCAAAUAUAAAAGCAAAGCAAAACAGCAUAGCAUGUUAAAGUUGUACAAGAUUCAUUCAACACACAUAUUCUGAGAAAGAAACAAAGAAAGAAAAGAAAAGAAUGGAAUAUGAAUGCAGCCCUCUUAACUGGGAAUUCUUCUACCAAGAAGAGCAGAAACAGGGGUUAGAGGAGUUAACGCAUUCUCUUCUAUUCACAAACUUAGAGUUAGAAGCAACAAUUGAAUCAGCGAAAGAAGAAAUCGCAGCCAGAGAAUGCGAAUUACACCAUCUAAAUGACCUUUUAGCCCUUGCCAUCAAAGGAAGAGAUGAAGCUGAGGAAAAAUGCAAGAAGUUGAUGCUACAAAAGCUUGAAGUUCAAACAACAACAUCACAGAACGAAGAGAAUGAGAUUCAAGGGUGUUGUUCUUCGGAAUCAGAAGAAAACAGCAGCAGCAGCAUCAUCAAUCAAAACCAGUCAAGAACGGAAGAAGUGAUGAUGAUGGAGUUGGCGGAGAAGAGGCCGUUGCCGGAGAAAGGAAAGCUUUUGAAGGCGGUGGUGGAAGCAGGGCCAUUGCUGCAGAGCAUUCUUCUUGCAGGUCCAUUGCCGCAAUGGCAGCAUCCUCCUCCACAACUCACUUCCAUUGAGAUCCCACCACUCACCGUUCUUUCGAAAAGGGAGAGAGAGAGGGACCUUUUCUCGCUUUCAAAAGAAGCUGCUGCUGCCGUUGACCUUCCUCUUUCAAAAUCUAGAAAGACAACACCAUUACCUACCACUACUGCUUCCCAUCAUUUCCUACCACCACCACCACAUCCGUCAUUUUCUUAAGGUCGGUUUGAUAAUUAUCUCGUGACAAAAAUACUCUAAUACUAAUACAGAAAAAAAGUAAAUGUCCUUUUAGAUUCUUGAUCAUUUGUAUAAAAAACAAAACGAACUUCUACAAUUUGAAAUUUUUUACUGUCUCUAACUCAUCUAAGUAAUUGCUGUAAACAUUUGUUGUUAUUGGUGUAAAAAACCCUGACACCACAAUAGAUCACCAUUUACAACAACUACUUAGAUGAAUUAUUUAAAUAUUUGGAAAUCAAUUAGGUUCAAAUUGUGGAAAGACAUUUUCUUUUUUGGACAAAUGAUCAAAAAUUAAAAAAAGACAUUUGUUCUAAAAAACAAGACGAAUAUAAAAUUCGAUAAAAUAUCUGUCUUGUUUUUAUUUUUAUUUCUGUAUUUUUUUUGUUUCGAAAUAUUUAUCAAAUUCCAGCUAAGAGUUGUGUUAGAUAUAUUUGCUUCUUUACUACUAAAUUGAAAAUGAGACGCUAAUUAAUUAGGUCUUAUAUUUCAUUCAGCAGUAAAAGGGUAGUAAAUUAACAUAGUAUACUAGAAAUAGAGAGUGAAAAUGAUAUUUCCCUUUUGCCAAAUAUUUCAUUCUGCAAAGCAAAUCAGGAUGGAACAGGUGGCCAUUGUGAAUCACCCCUACUUUUGUCCCUUUUCUCUUUUUAUCAUCAACAAACCCUGACCUACUACUACUUUUGUAAGCUGGGGAAAGAGGUUCAAUUGUUUAGCAACUUUAUUAGCAUUUAGUGUUUCACUAAUUAAUCUUCUUGUUUUUAUGUAUGUAAAGGUCAAAUUGGGGUUGGAUUAUUCUCACAGGAAUUCUUGGGAAUGAAUUAACUAACCUCAUCUAAAUUAUGACACAAUUUUGUACUUUGGUAAUUAGUAUAGGGGUGAUUAAUGAUUUGACCUAGCUUCAAAAAAUGGUUUGUGUAUGUUUUAUUGAAUGAAAGUUAUUGUUUGCUAA